AUGGACAGCGUGGUCGCGGUUGAAGAUGCUCUAUGGUGGGUCGCAGAAGGCGGACGCAUCUACCUCAAGCGCCAGCUGUUCAGCAUCAAGAUGGCGGAAGGUGCCAACGUCUUGCACCAUUGCAACGAAGUCUUGAACAUCGGCGCCAAGCUCAGCAGCAUCGGUGCCAAGAUGGAAGACGAAGACAUUGCGAUCUGCUUGCUGCUCAGUCUCCCGAAGAGUUUCGAGAACGUGGUUCUGAACUUGGAGAUGAGCAAUGCAGAGCUGCGCACGCAAGAUGUGGUCAAGGUGCUGACUAACGAGCACAUCAAGCGACAAGGCGAGAAGAUGACAACGGCAACGACAACGGUGAAGACUGAAGAUGCGACAAAGGCAUUCAGUACCGAGCGCAAGCCCUACCAAUGCACAUACUGCGGCAAGGUGGGGCACACGGCAGAGCGUUGCUGGACGAAGCAAAAGGAUGAAAGUCGAGGAGCCCAACGCGGCGGCAAUGGUCGUGGACGCGGGGCAAACAAUGUCCAGUGGCGACAUUAUGAUGAAGGCAACAGCUACGAUCGAGUGGCGUUUGCAGUUUCGUUCGAAUGCGGAGUUUCGACGAACAAGAAUGGACCAGGAAUGUGGGCCGUUGACAGCGGGGCAACACAUCACAUCUGCCACGACAAGUUCAAGUUUGCAAGCUUGGUCGAAGGCCAUGAUGGCGAGAUCCUGGUGGCUGAUGGCAACAAGGCGGCCAUCAAAGGUGUGGGGACCAUCGUGGAAAAGGUGAUUCUGCCAAACGGGGAAGAGCGCGAGAUCGAGAUCAAGAACGCGCUCUAUGUGCCCAGCAUGAGCAAAAAUCUGCUCUCGGUGCCGCAGAUUAACAAGCACGGCAACUUCCAAGUGGUGUUUGACGGGGAUACGAUGUACGUCGCUCGCAAGGAUUCCAACCAAGUGGUGGCAGCUGCGGAUCUUGUAGACGUACUCUACUGGCUUCGCACGACGCAGCGAUCGGCCAAUGCGACAUCACUCAGCAACGCUGUUGAUCUACAUGCGCGAAUGGGCCAUGCUCCAGUCGACGUGCUUCGCAGGAUGGUGACAAGCCACAUGAUCAAGGACGCUCACAUCCCUUCCAAGCCGAAUGGAUCAAGUGUGUGUCGAGGAUGCCAAGAAGGGAAGAUGGUCCAAAAACCAUUCCCCAGUAAUCGUGACAAGCGCACCUACAACACCUUCGAGAUGCUCCACUUCGACAUCUGCGGACCCAUGGAAUAA